AUGGCCUGUGUGCCUGCGACCCAGACCCCCUUCCUCGGCGAGCUGAAGCUCCGCGGCGACGCGCGCAGUCUCUCCGUGGUGGCCGCGGCGACGGUGUGCUCCUUCCUGCCGCUGUCGACCUCGCACGUGAUCUCGCUGCUGGUCGGGGUCGUUGGGUUCCUGCUGGCGCAGGCGCUGCAGCCCAGCGUCGACCGCGACCGCAAGCCUGCGCCCAACGGAAAGCCGGGCAGCGGCCGCAGUGGCGCCUUGGCCCAGCCCGCUUCUCCCCACGGCCCCGACAGGCAGCAGCGCCGCAAGCCCUCCGCGAAGGCGGCGGAGCGGGCCCCGGCGGAGCCACAGCAGAAGGCCGAGACCUGGAAGCCGAGCGCCGUGCCCGUGCAGGCCCCCACGUUCAGCGGCCAGGGGUGGGAGGCCGAGGUGGAGGAGCUGCUUCUGCAGCUGACGCCAACGACCGAGACCACCGAGGCUGUGGCCGAGAUCGCCUGCGCCGUGAAGAGGGCGGUGCAGCCGCUGCUGCCCGGCGCCGAGGUCACCGGCUUCGUGGGCGCCAGCCUUUCCAGCGGCAAGGCCUUCGGCGUCGCGGUGCCCGAGGUCGACAUCGUCAUCAGCGCCACGCCGGAGGCCAUGGCCAGCCGGAUGGCCGGCCGCAGGCCUGGCAAGCAGGGCGAGGGCGAGAGGACGCCGCUGAAGCUCCGCAAGGCCGCGGUGCGCGCGUGCACGGACCGCCUCGUGUCCGAGGCCGGCUUCAAGUUCCGGCGCUCGGCGUUCCGGGGCGAGGAGCCGAAGGUGGUCGUCAUCUCGCCGCCGGCGCUCCGCUCGGUGCCCAUGAACCUGUCCGUGAACACGGUGACCCCCGUCUGCAACGCCGCCCUCCUCGCCGAGUGCGCGCGCGUGGAGCCGCGCGCGCAGGGCCUCGUGCUGCUCGUCAAGCGCUGGGCCAAGGACCGCGGCCUCUGCCACGUGGCCCGGGGCCACCUCUCCCUGUACUCGUGGGCCCUGCUCUCCGUGUACUUCCUGCAGGUGGGCGAGGGCGGCCUGCUGCCGCCGCUGGAGGGCGGGAUGACCCCGUCGGGCCUCGCCGUCCGCUGCCGGGGCGCUCCCGCCGGGCCGAGCAGCGGGGGCAGCGCCGUGGCCGUGACCGUCGCGGGCCUGCUGCAGGCCUUCUUCCGGUUCUACGGCGCCCAGUUCGACUGGCGCGCGGAGGCCGUCUCGGUGCGGGCGGGCACGCGCGGGGCCCCGGGCGCCCGGCUGCCGCUGCACAUCAUCUGCGACGACCAGGGCCAGAGCCCGCAGCCGGGCCCCAGCAUCGAGGACCCGUUCGACGCCACAUGCAACCUGGGCACGUGCAUGACGGCGGCCAGCCUGCAGCACCUGCGCUCGGAGUUCGUGCGCGCGGACAAGCUCUGCUCGCAGGGCGCCUCGCUCUCGGAGCUCCUGGAGCCGUGGGCCCCCCAGGCCGAGGCAGCGAGCCCGCAGGCCUCGGAGGGCGCUUCCGAGGAGUGA